AUGGAGGAGCUGCGGAGCAACAUGCGGGUCAUGCAGGAAGACUGCGAGCGGUGCUCCGUGGAGGCGCAGGAGGCUUCCGCGGCGCAGGCGAGCGCCCGGGCGCUGGCCACCAAGGCGCGCGACGAGCUGGACAAGGUGUCCAACCAGCUCUGGCGCUCGGGCCAGCAGAGCCUGGAGCACCUCGAGGCGCGCGGCCGCCUGCGGGGGGAGCUGGCCCGCUCCUCGCAGGACUUCGGCGCCCUCGCGGAGCUGGAGGACCGGUCCAAGGCCGCGGUGCGGAGCGAGGUAGAGCAGCUCCAGCACGUGGUCGCCGACCUCGAGGCGCGGCUGCGUGCCAAGUCCGCCGAGAUCGGCAGGCUGACCCAGGCCAACGCGCACGCCGCCAAGGACGCGGCCGCGGCCGCGGCGAGGUGGCGCGCGCUCCGCGCGGAGUGCGCGGCGGCGCUGGAUGCGGGGCCCCUGGGCCUCUGCAUGGCUGCCCUGCGCUGGCCUCCAGCCGCUGCCCCAGGCACUCCCUGCUCCAGGUCUGCGGAUGCGGAGCGCGUGGACGGCCUGCCAGGGCACACGGACGGCCUGCCGGAGAGCCGAAUUCACGGCCGCGAUGCUGCCGCCGACGGCGAGUCGGCGGCGGUGUGCGGCGUGGAGUUGCAGGGCAUCGCGGAGCUGCGGGCUGCCGCGAGGCACGGGGAGGAGAAGCUGGAGGCGCUGCGGCAGGAAAUCCGGCGCCUGACCGAGGCGGCUCCGGCCGCGGCGGCGCGCUCGUGA